AUGUUCCGCACGGCGCUCCUCCGCUCCGCCCGCGCUGCCUCGCGGCCUACCCUCCUCCGCCCGUCGGCUGCGCGCCUCGCCAUCGCCCUCGCCCCCCCGUCCAAGAUGCACCCGCUCCUCCCCCCUGCGAGAAUGUACAGCGCCGCCGCCGCCCUCAGCAAGGACGAGGUGCAAGGCCGCAUCAUGAGCCUGCUCCAGGGCUUCGACAAGGUCAACGACACCGCCAACAUCAAGCCGGCUGCGCAUUUCGCCAACGACCUCGGCCUGGAUUCCCUCGACACGGUCGAGGUCGUCAUGGCGAUUGAGGAGGAGUUUAGCAUCGAGAUCCCCGACAAGGACGCCGACGCUAUCCACUCUGUGGACAAGGCGGUCGAGUAUAUCCUUUCCCAGCCGGAUGCUCAUUGA